AUGGUGGCACAAUCGUCCUUAGUGGGGCAAGUCAAGGCUUGCCAAUAUGAAGAUCCCCAUCUUGCUAAAAUACGAGAUCGAGUGCAAAAUGGGGGCGUUAAGUCAUUCUCUAUUGAUGGCAAAGGCGUGUUACGUUGUCAUGGUAGACUGUGUAUUCCUAUGGUGGGUGAUGUGAAACAACUAAUUCUUCAAGAUGCUCAUAGCUCGCGAUACUCCAUCCACCCAGGUGCUUCCAAGAUGUACCAAGACUUGCGUGGAUUAUAUUGUUGGAAAGAGUUUGCUUAUAAUAACAUCUAUCAAUCGAGUAUUCAGAUGGCGUCGUUUGAAGCCCUAUAUCGUCACAGGUGUCGUUCACUAGUUGGAUGUUUCGAACUUGACGAAGCACAACAAUUAGGUCCGGAUUGGGUUCGGCAAGCCUUGGAGAAAGUAGCGAUGAUACGAGAACGACUUAAGACAGCACAAAGCAGACAGAAGUCCUAUGCAGAUAAGAAAGUUCAUGAUGUGGAGUUAUUGAAGGGUGAAAAAGUCUUCUUAAAAGUUUCACCAAUGAAAGGAGUUAUGAGAUUUGGUCGGAAGGGUAAGCUAAGCCCUAAUUAUAUCGGUCCUUAUGAAAUUUUGGACAGAAUUGGAUUGGUGGCAUAG